AUGGAGGACACCACAGGGAGCAGAGCGAAGCUAAGACACUCAAAGCGACACGGACAGUUGGUGCUCGACGCCGGCUCGCAGAGCGUGCAGCUCGUGUACCCGCGGAUCGGCAGAUUCUUCCAACGCAAGUUUGAACAGCCUCUGAAGUGCGUCAUGGGCAGGAAACUACUGCGCGUUUACUCGAGCAACGGGAAACGAAACUUUACGUGCCGACUUCUGUCGGAAGAUGACGCGACCAAGUGUUCAGAGACGCUCCGCAGUUUCGGAGUGGAGGUUAUCGCUGUGGGGGAGUUGAUGCUGAGGUGA